UCAAAGUUUCUUUCUUUUCAGGGUUUCAGGCCACGACUACAAAAAUCCUCACCUUAAGCUUCCGAUUACCUCAGGAUUCAGUACAGAAUUAUCACAGACCUUCUUCCUCAUCCUUAUCCUCUCCACUCUCUCUCUCUCUAUUCAUCGAUUCUUCUCUUCUCCUCUCUCUAUCUCUACGAAUUUGUAAAUCAAACUCUUUCUUCUUGGAACGAGAAUCGUCAUGUGGGACGAAUGGAACCAAGACUACCGAGAAAAGAAAGGAGCGGAAGAACAACAGCAGCAACAACAACAACAACAAGAAUCUUAUCUGAAUUCUGAUUUCUUAUCUGUUAAUUCGAAGCCUAAGAAUUAUUAUAAAUUAUUGGAAUUGGAUUUCGAAGCUAAGGAUGAUGAUAUUCGAUCGAACUUUAUCCGUUUGGCUCUGAAAUGGCAUCCUGAUAAGCAAAAGAAUCAGGAUAAUACUACUACAAUAUUUCAGGAGAUAAACGAAGCUUAUCAAGUUCUGAGCGAUCCUUCGAAAAGGCGAGAAUAUGACCAGGAAAUGCUGCUGCAAAUGUAUGACUAUAAUAUCAUUGAGUAUUUGAACCGCUACAAAGGGUUUAUAUUGACAUGCAAUGGUCUUGGAAUUAAGCACACAUCGUAAUGGUAAAUCUCAAGACAUGCACAAGACGAAGUCUGCCAUUUUUCAAAUUUCUAGAUUUUUUUUUUGCAGAUGGAGAAUUUGUGUAGAAUAUUGGAAGUGGUAGCAAAAUUUGAUUUAUCCUAAUAUGAGUAUGAAUCAGACCAUCUUCUUCAAACUCUUCAACCACUCUGAGGAUUGACAUUGUUGAUAUAGUACAUAUGUCCCCACCCUUCUUACAUUUGAUUUCCGGAACGAUAUGAACUCGAUUUAAAUGGGAAUCUAUCGCGAUCUAUCUAAGAUACUCUUUGAAAUUGUUUGUUUUUGUA